GUGAUAGUGAUAUUUGUUGGCCUCAUUUAUAUAAGAUUCUACAAGUAGAUUCUGCAACCUGUGCGUCUUCUCAUAUCUCAGAAGUACAAGCGGCAAAGUUGCAUUGCAGCACUCAAAGCAAGAUCACUCUGAAAUUUUGGUGGCUUGCACUGUUUGAUCUUGGGUGACAACUAAGAAUUCACCACAUCAAUCGAAUGUGGCUCGGGCAUGGAGCCACUUCCUUUAUCCAGAAAGUUUUGCACUGACAAUUUUGUCGUCGUUCAAGCACCGAAGCCUUCUUCGCGUGACCAGCAAGCCAGGCUGUCGCAGAUCCUUGCAAAUCCAAAGGUCGCUGCGUAUUUUGCCACUUUGGAAUUGGAUAUUUCUGAAGGACGGGCGCUUUUUCAUUUGCUUGACAAUGGAAACGGCGAGGUCACUCAAGACGAGUUCAUUAGCGGCAUUCUUCGAUGCAAAGGGCAAGCGCGUGCCAUCGAACAAGUGGCAAUGCAUUCGGAGCUCCGGAUCUUGGACCAUAAGAUCACGAAGCUCUUGGCGUACAUCCGACAGGAUGCUUCAAAGGAUCCUCGCAGGAGAAACACUCACAAGCAUCUGCAGGUCUUCCGCUUUGACAUGUCUGCAGAGCUCAUGCGAAGUACGCAGCCAUGACAUAGGCCCCGUGCCAGGUGUUGAAACCCAUGGGCCACACGUGAAUUUGUGCCACUAUGAAGCUUGGUUCCCACAUAUCCAGUGCUCUCACGGAGGCAAAUGCCCCCGCAUUGGUCUGAACUUGGCCAUGCAAGUAACACUUGGGCAUUGAUCCCUUUGCCAGUCACCCAGUUCUAG